AUGCUAAACAAACAUAUUCUCACAUCAUCAACUCAAAGAUUAUCUCAAUUGAAUAGACAAUUAUCAACAUCAAUCACCAAAAUGGCUCCUACACCCACUUCUUCUUCUUCUCCAUUGAAAAACUUUGACUAUUUGGUCAUUGGUGGUGGAUCCGGAGGUGUUGCAAGCGCACGUAGAGCCGCCAAAUAUGGCGCCAAAGUCUUGCUUAUCGAAGCCAAAUUGAACAAAUUGGGAGGCACAUGUGUCAAUGUCGGGUGCGUUCCCAAGAAGGUCAUGUGGUAUGCUGCAGACUUGGCCCACAAGAAGCAUGAUUUGUAUCCUUACAAGUUGAGCAAGGAGCCACAACUGACCCAAUGGGGUGAUUUUGAUUGGGCUGGGUUCAAGCUGAAGAGGGAUGCUUAUGUGCAUCGAUUGAAUGGGAUUUAUGAGAACAAUUUGAAACGGGAAAAGGUUGAUUAUGUGUUUGGAUUUGCUCAGUUUGUUAAUGAACUGGGUGAUGUUGAAGUUACAUUAACUGGAGAUCAGAAAUUGCCAUUCUUAGAAGAAGCAGAGGCUGAGGCUGAUGGGAAAGAGUACAAGAAGGGUGACAAAUUGGUGUUUUCUGGUGACAAGAUUCUUCUUGCUACUGGGGGUACACCCAUUGUGCCACCAAAAGUGGAAGGGUCCGACUUGGGUAUCACAUCCGAUGGGUUUUUCGCAUUGGAGCACCAGCCCAAACGAGUGGCUAUUGUUGGAGCAGGAUAUAUUGGAGUUGAAUUAUCUGGAGUUUUCAAUGCGUUGGGCACCCAUGUGGAUUUUGUGAUUCGUGGUGAUACUGUGUUGCGUUCAUUUGAUGAUAUUAUUCAAAAUACAAUUACUGAUUACUAUACUGACAAAUUGGGCAUCAAUAUUAUUAAACAGAGUGGUGGGGUAGUCAAAGUUGAAGGUGAAAAGAAUGGUACCAAAAAGGUGACAUUGGGCAAUGGGUCAGUUUUGGAAGUUGAUGAAUUGGUUUGGACAGUUGGAAGGAAAUCAUUGGCUGGGUAUGGGUUGGAUAAAGUUGGUGUCAAGCUCGAUUCAAAUUUAAAAGUUGUCGUUGAUAAGUAUCAAGUUACCACUAACCCCAAGAUCUUUUCACUUGGUGACUUGAUCGAUGAGGCUGAGUUGACACCCGUGGCAAUUGCAGCUGGACGUAGAUUGUCGAAUCGUUUGUUCGGAGGAGAUCAGUUUAAGGAUGACCACUUGGAUUACAACAAUAUUCCCUCCGCCAUCUUUUCACAUCCGGAAGCAGGCUCAAUUGGACUCACUUCGAAACAAGCAAUUGACAAAUACGGAGAGUCCAAUGUGAAGAUCUACAAUUCGAAAUUCAAUGCCAUGUAUUACGCCAUGAUGGAUAGUGAUAAGGACAAGGCUCCUACUGCGUAUAGAAUUGUUUGUGCUGGUCCUGAGGAAAAAGUUGUGGGAUUGCACAUUGUUGGUGACAAUAGUGGAGAGAUUUUGCAAGGGUUUGGCGUUGCUAUCAAGAUGGGUGCUACAAAGAAGGAUUUUGAUAAUUGUGUUGCUAUCCAUCCAACAUCAGCCGAAGAGUUGGUUACAAUGACGUAG